AUGUCAAAUAAAAAAUGCGUAAUAAAGAUAAACAAAAAUGACGCAGAAGAGGAUACUCUCAUGUUUCCAUGCUUCCAAAUACCUAGUAAUAUAGAGUUAAAGAAUAUCCCAAGUACGGGGGAAGAAUACUUGUUAACCGUUAUAAAUGAAAGGAAUACUUGUACAAAAGUGACUACAUGUGAUAUAGAUCGCUCGAAAUUUGCACACAAACAAACACUUUUUGUCAAAGAGGAUUCACAUCCAAAAGUUCCAGAUAGUUUAAAACCCACUAUUGAAUGGCAAAAUGUGCAAGUUGCAGAUUUCUCAGAUAACCGGUCAUACAUUUCACGUUUACUCAGCAAAAAGUCCCAAUGGCCUAAGGAGGUUAUGAGAAUAUGUUUGGACCCUAGUAAAAGUGAAAUGUGGAGUAAUUUUUUUGAAAAUCACGAGCCUACUCUAUCAUGUGUUCUAGGUUUAAAUUAUAAAAUAUUAGAUAGCGGACUGGAAUAUUUAAUAGAAUCUUUGGACAAUAUUCAGCCUGGAAAUACUAUUCCUUAUAGAACAGGUCAAUGGAUGUAUGCAAUACUUGUUUGUACAAGACAACCACUUUUAUCAGACACUGUCAGUAUUUUAAGAAGAUUGGGCAAAAAAUGUGCUGAAAUAAGAGCAAAUAUAAACCCACAGGAUGUUGAUGCCAGCACAGCUGCGACUCCAUUAAAUGUUUUUAUUUGUUUAAUAGCUAGGUAUUUUGGACAGUUUGAUUUGGCUGAUUAG